AUAUAAAAAGCUUUGAGCUCUUUGUCCUGUCAACACCCGAAGACAAUACUAACUCUCAAUAUGGGGAGGUUCAUCUGUGGCCUCUUCCGGAAUAUCUUGUAUGUUACACUUGCAGUAUUCUGUCAUGGUGUGACAUAUAAUCAUGUGAUGGCUCAACCACUGCACACAAAUUCCCGGUGGAUCGUGGACGGAAACGAGAAGCGAGUGAAGCUGGCCUGCGUCAAUUGGGUGUCUCAUCUUGAUCCCAUGGUGGCGGAAGGGCUGAGCAAGCAGCCGGUGGACGCCAUCUCCAAGAAGAUUGUAUCCAUGGGAUUCAAUUGCGUGAGGCUAACUUGGCCACUUUUCUUGGUCACCAACGACUCUUUGGCCUUCCUCACUGUAAGACAGUCUUUUCAGAACCUGGGGCUGAUUGAAUCCAUUGGUGGUUUCCAAACCAACAACCCUGACUUCAUUGAUCUUCCCCUCAUCAGAGCUUACCAGGCGGUGGUGUCUAGCCUUGGGGACAAUAAUGUGAUGGUGAUAUUGGACAAUCACAUAAGCAAGCCAGGGUGGUGUUGCAGUAACUUCGACGGCAAUGGCUUCUUCGGAGACCAGUACUUCGACCCUGACCUCUGGGUGAAGGGCCUAACUAGGAUGGCCACUAUGUUUAACGGCACCCCUAAUGUCAUUGGUAUGAGUUUGAGGAAUGAACUCAGAGGCCCCAGACAGAAUGCGAAUGAUUGGUACAGGUACAUGCAAAAAGGAGCCGAAGCAGUGCACACAGCAAACCCAGGUGUUCUUGUUAUAGUCUCCGGCCUGAGUUAUGACAAAGAUUUGUCUUUCCUCCACAAGCAACCGAUGAACCUGACGUUCACCAAAAAGCUCGUGUUCGAGGUGCACUGGUACGGGUUCUCCGACGGAGAGGCAUGGAAAUCAGGCAACCCUAACCAGGUUUGUGGUGUGGUGGUUAACAACACCAUGGCAAGGGCAGGGUUUUUGUUGAAUCAAGGCUACCCAUUGUUUGUGGGUGAGUGGGGAGUGAACCAAAGGGGUACUAAUGUCAAUGACAAUAGGUACUUGGAUUGUUUCUUGGGUGUGGCAGCUGAACUUGACUGGGAUUGGGCCUUGUGGACAGUUGUUGGGAGUUAUUAUUUGAGAGAAGGGGUCAUUGGGUUGGACGAGACUUAUGGGCUAUUGGACUGGCAUUGGGCUGGAUCCAGGAAUUCAACUUUCUUGCCCAGAAUCUCUGCCAUCCAAUCUCCUUUUCAAGGACCAGGUAUAUCCCAAGUUCGUCUACAUAAAAUUAUCUUCCAUCCAUUGACGGGUCUGUGUGUCCAAAGAAAAUUACUGCUCGAGCAAUUGAAGUUAGGCCCAUGCUCUGAGUCUGAGUCUUGGAGCUACACCUCCCAGAAGGUAUUGACAAUAAAAGGAACCUACUUCUGCCUCCAAGCCGGGGAGAUGGGACAACCUGUAAGACUGGGUGUGAUCUGCACCGGUGAUGAAUCAAAAUGGGUACCCAUUUCAGAUUCUAAGAUGCAUUUAUCGUCGAAGCUGGACAAUGGCAGCACUGUCUGCUUGGAUGUAGAUUCCGAUAACAAUGUGGUCACGAAUGAUUGUAAAUGUUUGGCCAGAGACAAUAUGUGCGACCCUGGAAGCCAAUGGUUCAAAAUUGUUAACAGUACAAGAAGUAGAACAACUACUGGUUCUAAAUCCUUUCUUCAGAUGAACUCCAUAUUGGAUUCACUUGGAAGGACUUUGGUGGGAAGUCUUUUUUCAGGUCUUGGACUUCUAGCGUGAGGAGCUCACAGCGAAGUGUCAAGAUAUUGAAAAAUUACAAUUCAAUGCUACGAACAAGGAGAUAGAAGGUCUUUGAUGUAUCCAUAUAAAUUAUACACAAAGAAUUCAGAUAUAGAAAAGGUAACAGAUAUCCCCACGAUGAUUAUUUUAUUUUAACAAAAGCGGGGAUAGAUUGUUAGUUUUUACAAACACUGAAUAUAUGUAUCAGCAUCUAUUUGCAAUUAAAAUCAUUCUUAUAUUUUAAAUAA